CUGAUCCUUCCCUAAUUAUCUCUAGGAUCCUGCUUACUAUGUCCUUAAGGAAGAUGCUUCUCCUUGUAUUUUUGGAUCUAUUGAGAAGCAAAGGUGGUCCUAUGCAUGUGCAAAGCAAUUGAUUGAGAGGUUGAUCUAUGCUGAGGGUGCUGAGAAUGGCUUAGAAUUCACCAUUGUUAGGCCCUUCAACUGGAUUGGUCCUAGGAUGGAUUUCAUACCUGGGAUUGAUGGUCCUAGCGAAGGUGUUCCAAGAGUGUUGGCUUGCUUUAGUAAUAAUCUUUUAAGACAUGAACCACUAAAGCUAGUGGACGGUGGACACUCGCAAAGAACCUUCAUAUAUAUUAAGGAUGCUAUUGAAGCUGUUCUCCUGAUGAUUGAAAAUCCUGCACGGGCUAAUGGGCAGAUCUUUAAUGUCGGCAAUCCUAAUAAUGAAGUUACAGUUAGGCAGCUAGCUGAAAUGAUGACUCAGGUGUACUCAAAGGUGAGUGGAGAAUCUCCUCUUGAGACACCCACCAUUGAUGUAAGUUCUAAAGAAUUUUACGGCGAGGGGUACGAUGACAGUGACAAGCAAAUUCCAGACAUGACCAUAAUUAACAGACAGCUUGGUUGGAACCCGAAGACAUCCCUAUGGGACUUGCUUGAAUCCACACUGACAUACCAACAUAGGACUUAUGCUGAGGCUGUCAAGCAGGCGAUGUCAAAGACAACUGUAAAUUGAAUUUUAAAUCAGAGCAGUGGUUAGUGUGUGCUUCAUGUUGACAGGCUUUCAUAUUCUCUUUGCGAAUCUUCAUCUACUCGGUUUGACUUCAUACACUGUAUCUUUUUGUCAUCUACGUUGUUUUUGGAAAAACAAUAUCUACGUCGUCUAUAAUAGCUCACAGCCUUAAGCAUUGUCACUAGCGCCUUAUGUACAACAGUUAUGGGACAUUAGACAAGGGAGGCAUGUAGUCUGCUCUAGAUAUUGUUGUCCUCCAUUUUAUCAUUCUUCCUUCUGGAAGCAUCUUGUAUUAUUCCACUGAGAUUUUCCUAAUUUAUUACUAUAAUUUAUUAUUCGUUUGA